UGACAGAGAUGGAUGAAUGUUCUCUGCCGGACAAUGGUGGGUGUGAGCAGCUCUGUGAGAACACACUGGGCAGUUACAAAUGCACCUGUGAGCCUGGCUAUGAGUUGACAGCUGAUAAAAAGAGUUGUGAGGCUGCGUGUGGGGGCUUCAUCACCAAGCUCAAUGGGACCAUUACUAGCCCUGGAUGGCCCAAGGAAUAUCCUACUAACAAAAACUGCGUCUGGCAGGUGGUAGCUCCAACCCAGUACCGGAUCUCUCUGCAGUUCGAAGUGUUUGAGCUGGAAGGCAAUGAUGUCUGUAAAUAUGACUAUGUUGAGGUUCGUAGUGGGUUGGCUUCUGACUCCAAGCUGCAUGGCAAAUUCUGUGGCUCAGAAAAGCCCGAAGUAAUCACUUCGUAUGGCAACAACAUGAGACUGGAGUUCAAAUCAGACAACACGGUCUCCAAGAAAGGCUUUAAAGUUCACUACUUCUCUGACAAGGAUGAAUGCUCCAAAGACAAUGGUGGUUGCCAGCAUGAAUGUGUCAACACCUUUGGUAGCUACAUAUGCCAGUGCAGAAAUGGCUUCAUGCUGCAUGAAAAUGGCCACGACUGUAAAGAAG